AUGCUAGAAGGAAAUAGUACUUCAUCCACAAAGGUAUAUUAUUAUUUGGAUGAUAAUACUCCAUAUCUUUCUGUAGUAUCAGUUCCAGACGAUGCUAUAACACUUGGUGAUUUUAAAAAGGUCUUCAAUAAGAAGGGCUACAAAUAUUUUUGUAAACAACUGGACAAAACAAUAGGAUGUGAGGUGAAAGUAGAAAUUCGUGAUGAUUCAACGAAGUUAGUGAAAUCAGCGAACGGCCUAAUUGAAUUGGUUCUUCUGUCGGCAUCUGACAAUAACUUUUGUUCAGGAACAUUGCCCAAAGCAUCUAAUAAAGUGAAAAAUGGACAAUAUGCUCAGACGAGACCGAAGGAUUUCAAUUUGAGAAAACGAAGAUCAUUGCAUAACUUAUCUACUGAGAAUUUUGUUAAUCGAGAUUUGCUUCAUGUGCAAAAGAACAAGAGUGAUGAAAACAGCAUUACAGCGAGUAGUUUGUCGACAGUUAUUAGCAAACGAGCCGGCGAGGGUUUAGCAGAGUUUUAUACAUCUAAUUCAGAAGACCCGUAUCAUUUCGAUGAAAUGGAAUCAAGGUACCUAAAGCAUUCUGGUGCUUGUGUCUCAAAUUAUCCAGCUUCACCCAUUGCUCUCUCAAAUAAAGGCCCUUUCUGUCCUCGACGAAAAAGACGUCCACGCAAAGAAAAAUAUAGGAAAGCAUAUGUUCCGAGCACAAUUUCUUCGAUGACGGAAAGCAGCUUAACUUCCCUUUCGCUUCCUCGAAUUGAUGUUAUUACUUUACCUAUGAAAAGUGGAGUAUUCUUAGGAAUUUCAGUGUUAAGUCAUGAUGGUGGCAUUUUUGUAAGUGAUAUUCAUAGAGGAGGCAUAGUUGAUGCAGACGGUAGAAUUGAAAUUGGUGAUCAGAUUGUGCAGGUGAAUCGAAAUUCAUUUGAGAAUUUAAGUGACGUUGAGGCAGUAGAUUUAUUGCGAAAAGCAGCUGCUAGUCGAAGGCCGAUUACGCUCUAUGUUGCCAAGAGAACGUGUAGUAACUCAGAUAAGCGAGCCGAUAUACUCUCUGGUAUUGCUUCUGAGACGAUGCCUAUCGACAUAUCACUUUGGGUUGAAAGCACGAAGCACAAUGCUGUAAAGCCACAGAAAGGUCCUGAGGAAGCUGUUUCUCUUAAUGAUGGUGAUGUUACACUUGUUGCUGAAGAAAACGACACAGAUUUAGAAAGGGCUUAUGCUGAGCGACGAAAUGGCUGUGUGAGUGUAGCAAAUCCAAAGCAGUUAAAUGAACCUGAUUUUAAUAUUUCGUUCAACGCAGAAGAUAUUGCUAGGCGGCAAGAGAAUGAGGAAAAUGAGCAACUGUUAGAUAAUCUGAAUGUUGAUAUGGAUCCAGUGAUUGUUUUGAAAUAUAUGGCCUUACCCAAUUCAGGACUACAAAUUAAGAAUAGGAAGUGGUUGAAAAUUCCUGUUCCGAUGUCGUUUAUUGGGCGUGAUCUUAUUGAAUGGCUGAUGGAGCACGUAGACGGUAUUACGGAUCGUAAAGCAGCACGUUGCUAUGCUUCGAGGUUAUUGGCACAAGGACAUAUUCGACAUGUCGUUAAUAAGCUUACAUUUACAGAAAAGUGCUAUUAUAUUUUUGAAGAUUCAAUACUUUCUGUUCGUAAUAAAAACAAAUCAGACUCUUCUCUGGGUAAAGCUGGCGCUGAAGUUACAACUGAGGUAACAUAUGUUGGUUCGCCAGCACCAGCACAUCUUUGCCGUGUAACUGCUCGAAAUAUGAAUGAAAAACUUGCAUUUGACCAGUCGUGGCAGGUGUCUGCUCACACUUCUAAUGAACAGAGGAAGAGUCUUUGUGACAACUCAACGAACGACUAUGCAUCAGUUAUGGGUCCAGACGUGAUUGAUUCUACAUUACUAACUUCAUCGUGCACAGAAACCUCUACAUUAAAAUUAUGCCCUCACACACUUCUUGAUCGGUUAGAUAUGGAACAGCGUAUUGAUCGAUGCCAGGUUGCUCAGCCGCCAAAUACUCCAAAUUCUUUGUUACACGAGCAGAGGCAUGCUGAUAGUGAAACAGAAUUUGAAUUACUUGAAGAUAAACUCUUGGUAGCUGGAAACGGUCCUUAG